AUGCCUCCGACGACUCCACACUCGCCGAGGGCCAAGCGGAAGCAUCAAACCCCAGGCCCGGCCGAGGCCUCUCGGUCCAAGAGGGCAAAAUACGCUCCUGUAGCAUGCAAUGAAUGCAAGAAAAGCAAGCUCAAGUGCAUCAAGGCCGAGUAUGAGGACGCUUGCCAACGGUGCAGGCGCAAUCACCUUGACUGCCUCUUUGCACGUAAUCCUCUCCAAAACAAAACACCUGCGAGUGAACCAUCUGUGGAUAGUGUGAUAUCCCAUCAUCAGCGGAGUCAGCCCUCAGAGCAUGAUUUCAAUGUUUUGACAAAAGUGGUCACCAAUCUUCAAUCUCAGAUCAGCACUCUAUCAAAUACUCUGCAAGAUCUCGAACGCCGGCUUUCCACCUAUCGGCCGCGUUCUGUCGUCCCUUAUCAUGGGCCAAGCCCGACCUUUACGGAUGACCAGACAGUUCAGCCUUCUGAACCCAGGGAACCAAGCUUUGUUGGGCCCACAAGGUCUGCAUUUAGUUUACGCAUGGCAGAAGCUUCUCUCCAUAGAAUGGGGAUCGAUACGGAGGCUCGUACGCCGUCUAGCUCUCCAGCGGCUUCGCCCAAACCUGCUUUGCCCUCGGACAAGGAGUCCGAAAAGCCCGAGCUCUGCAUAUCAGAGACGAAUAGCCUGUUGGGCUUUGAGCUUGGGGAUGUCAUGAGGUUACUUGAUGAUUAUUGCGACGAGGUCGAGUCUGUGUAUCCUUUUACGCAGAUUAGCGAGAUAUCAGCCAAAGCGCCUUACAUCUUGGAACAGGCCAGAAGAAGCCAGCAUCCAGCGAUCCCACCAUCGACGCCCUUAACUGGUCCCUGGCCAGACAUCGAAUCCAAAGAUGUGCACAUACUCAAGCUUGCCCUUGCAGUGGCAAUCGCAUUGGAGGCCGGUGGCCAAACUUCUGUCAGCAAGAGGCUACUCGACGAGGUCGAGCCUGUCAUUUGUCGAGUGUCAGGCGAAGCCGAAAUUGACUUGAAAGAACUGCAGAUUAUGACCAUGCUGGGCAUCUACUGGUUUCACUGCGGCGAGGAACUUUUGGCGUGGAGAGCCAUCGGGAUUUCGACUCGUGAAACGCUUGAACUGGGCCUCCACCGGCGACCUAUUCUAUUCGAGCAUUACCCAGACCUCAAGGAAAGGGAUUUAGCUAUCCGUCUGUUUUGGUGUGUUUACAUUUUGGAUCGCCAAUGGAGCUUCGGGACCAGCCUUUCAUUCGGCCUCGUCGACAAAGACAUUGACAGCGAGCUCCCAGAGCCGAGUGAGGACUUUCCAUUUCUUAGAUCCAUGGCAGCUUUUGCACGCCUAAGUGGCAGGGUUUGGGAAGCGUUCCCGCCAUCUGGCGGCUCGUCCCAAGUCAUUCCCAAAGACACAGUUUCUCUGAUUGACUUCAUGACCCAGAAUUGGAUCAACUCUAUUCCCCAGGACCUGCGACUCCGCCAUCCACGUCUAGGUCUUGCCCCAAGUCACCAACCUCGAAUUCUGCACCGCUCGCGCGCACUCCUAUACCUACAUGGAAAUCACCUGCGGAAGCUCAUUUACCGCCACCACAUCAUCAGCGCCGCAAGCAUACGGGCAGACAUCCACAGCGCCAGACUCGUUGUCGGGAUAGCUCAGGACUCCAUAGAGGUUCUUCUUCACCUUCACCGAAAUAGCGAUGUCUACGCGCGGCAAUCAAACGGCUUCAACUUCUUCCUUCUUAGUUCUGUCGCUUCCAUCCUGCUCGCGGUCUGCAAUGCCCCGGACGUGUUUGCACAGCACUGCCGUGAAAGUUUCGUUGUAGCUGUUAAUCUACUCAAAGAGCUAUCGCAUCAACAUUCUGCUAGCAGGAUCCUCUGGAAGAGCAUCCGCCGCUUGCUUCCAGGUGUCAAGACCGUUGGCUUACGUGCAGAUGCGGAGGCUGGGAAAGAUUCUACCUUGAGCACCGCAAGGCAAGCUCAACCACAUGAUCAUCUGGAAAAACCUUCCCAGCAGCAAGAACAGGACCACCCUGUUGACCAAAUAGCCGUUGCUGUUAACGAGGGUGCUGACGAGGGACCUACCGACAACCUUUGGCCGAUCCAGUCCGACAUCGCAGAGGCGGGCAACUCGCCAACCGAUGCCUUCGACUUCGGCGAGGGGCUGGUGGAUCUCUUUGAUGCUUUUGGUCAGAUGAACCCUGACGGCUCGGCAAACUCGGACUUUCCGUCUGAUUUGUUCAACCUGGGUGGGCAGAGCAUGUCAUAUGGAGAAUCAGAGGAGUUUUUACGAAGACUUCACGGAGUUAUAUAA